AUGUUCAAAUAAGCAUAAAAAGCUUAAGCUUGUAUAAAACAAAGAUUAGCUCAUAAAAUUUCUUCUACCCACCAGAAUAUUAUCAUCUUCCCAAAUAUUUGUUAAUUCUCUACAAAGCCUACUCCAAAAGCAGGAUUUAAACUUCCAAGACUCUAGGAGGAUGAGUAGAUUACUGGUUUUAGAAUGAGAGGCGACACAGAUCUAUUCUCGAAGCCAAAGAACUUUAACUUUGACUUGCGCAGAGAAAAUGCUGAGAAACUCAAGUUCAAUCUAGUAAAGGCUGGUAUUCUACUUUCCAUGAUUCCAAUAUUUAUCUUCGUGAAGAAUGCUGAGCAAAAUUUUAGAAAUGCAUAAAUUAAGGAGAUAGCCUCUAAGCGUAGAGAAAGAUUGGAUAAAGAGCAUGGUAUUAAUAGAGAAGAGUGGAAAGAAAGCAUCAAGGAUAUGGACAAGGUUUUUAGAAUCACUGAAAAGGAGGAAAUCGAAAAGUUUAGACAAGUUGGUAAGACAGCAGAGGACUAUUAUAAGCAGAAGGAAUAGCAUGAGAAGAAAGAGCAAGAUAUGGCUGCCAGAUAGAGUGAAGCAAAAAGACAAGAAGAGGAGAGUCAAGUAGUUGUAUCAACUGAUGAGACUUCUGAUGGAAUGUAAAUCAAAAAGAUUUCUGGUCAAAAUUUUGAAUAAGUGCAAGUAUAAUAAGUUGGCACUACACCAGAUCCCAGAAUUCUUGGACCUAAAAUUAUUUUUGAUAGUAGACUUGACAAAUUUGCUACGGCCCAGGAGAGUAAAGACCACAUCAAGCAAAAGUAAUAAGAAUCACCUCCAUACACCCUUGACGACAAGAAGAAAUUACUCAUUAAAAUGCUUUAAAAGAAAGAAGAAGUAAAAGCAAAUGAUUUCAAAAAUGUAUAAAAUGAAUAAAUUUAAGAAAACCCUUCAUAGGUAGCUGAAGUAGAAGUUGAAGAGCCACCUAAAUCAGGAUUUUAAAGACAGCCUAAGAAAAAUUCGUUUAAAAGCAAUGCUGAAGCUGAGCCUAUAUUCUUACCUGACUCUUAAAUGCAAGUGGAAUGCUAAAAGGAAAAGUUACUGGUCGAAGUGUCUGAAAAGUAUAACAUGAUAGUCUAAUUCCUAAAGAAUUAUAAAUCAGAUACUAGAGAAUAUCUUAGCUACAUUAUUGUGAAGGCAAUUCCGUAAAUGAAUAGCAUAGAUUAAGAUGAGGUUUAGCAAUUCCUCAACUAUCUAGAUCAAAAUAUUGAAUCUCUCGAUAUGGCUGUAGAAGCUUAAACUCUCACUAAAGAUUCAUUCAAUUAGUUACAACUAAAAUUAAAGAUAGCAAAAUAAAGCAUAGAUGUCCUCAUUGAAGAAGUUAUUGAUGUUAAGAAUGUAGAUAUUAGAGAAGCGAUAAAGACAGGACUAAACUGUCAAAUAACUGAGCUUAAGAAAGCCUCUUCUGAAUUCAAGAGAUUGAAUACAAUUAUAAAAUCACUAAAUGAGUAUACUUAAGGAUUAAAAACGCUUUCAGAUUCAGGCUGUAGUGUCUCUGAUCUUGAACUUGACAAGUAGAAGCUUAAUUCAUUUGUUAAAUAAGUUUUUGUUAAAUUGAGAAAACUUGAGCAAGAUCUAAAUGAAGGUACUAUAAAGAUCAUUUCUGAUGAAAAAUUCACUACAAAGACUAAAGAGUAGACCUUAUACAAUAAUAUCUUGAUGGAUUAUAAAAGAAAGGUGCAAGAUUAUUUUGAUUACGAGCCAGAUACCACUUAAGUUAAGAAUAUUUUUAAGGAAAAACUAGUAGAGAUAGAAUCUUUCUUUUAUGACUUAAGCGAUAAUAGUGACAAAUUUAAGAAUGGCCUGCAUAAGAUCAUUCUAAACUAGAAGCAAUUAAUGUUGAGUGAAUAAUAUAUUAUAAGAAUGAAGUCCUUUAUAAAUGAAAGAGAAAAGAUACUUCAAAAUAUAGUCAAUGAUGUAAAGGUGAUUUUCGUGGAGUUUUAGUAAAUGAUACGUAAUGUAAAUGAUUUUGUUAUCCAUGAUAUGGAAUUUUAAAAGUUUUAAUCAACUCUUUAAAAACUUGUAGGAGCUAAUAUAAUGACUUCAUUCUCUACUACUACGCAAGGUGAUCUUGAUUCGGAAGAUUAUGUAUAUGAUAGCAAUCAUUUAAUGUUUAAAUUGACAUAAAAAGGAGCUCCCGAUUAUGAAGUACUUAAAGAAUAGACCAAAGAUAUAAUAUUUAUCUACCAUUAAUUACAAAAUAUGCUAAAAUUAGCAGGGAAGAUAAGAACUCAUGACAGAGAAGAAGAGAUUAAGAUUUACGCUCAUAAUGAGGAGAACCUUAAAAAGGCUCUUGAAGAAAUUCAAAAUUAAAAUUUAAUUAGGGCUAGAAAUUACAUCUUAUAGGUAAAAACAUCAGAAUCCUCGAUGAAGAUGAUAAAGAAAUUGAUUUUGGAUUUCGAAUUGAGAAUAUAUGCUGAAGAUAUUUUGAAAGAUAGUCUUUAGGAGAGUGAUUUCAAACUCAAGAAAACUAAAUAUGUUUGA